AUGAUGGCGGACACCAUGUGGACCAUGUGGUACUCCAUUCUCUUGGCAUCACUGGGAACCAUUGUAUACUGGAAGAGAAGAUCAAUAAUCAUAAUUCUCUAUAACUACUUUGUUGAUUUCCCCGCCAACAACAACAACUACAACGUCGACAACAACACAGUUGACAACAACACCAUCGACAACUCUUCAGAAGAAGCAACAACAUCUUAUUUAUUAAACAAACAAUCACAAGACACAGAUAACAACAACAACAUCAACAACAAUAACAAUAAUAACAACAAUAUAGUCAAUAACAAUAAUAAUAACAAUAACUUGAUAACAUUGUUCAACUUAUCAUUUGGAGGAGUAAUCAUAUUGGAUAUACAUUAUAAUAUAAUAUCAGUGUUGGAUACUGCCAAGGACAUUGUACCAAAUUGGAAGGAACUAAAGGGUACCAGCUUCCUCGAGUUGGUCACACCAGAGUAUCAAGGCGCCAUCACUCAAUAUCUCGAGACCAAUCUCCAAAUGGCAAUGCCCACACCCUCAAGCUCAAUCGAUGUAGACAUUGCCCUGCUGACCCAGCGCCAGGUACUGAGUCAAUGUCCAACGUCCAUCGUUAUUCAUUUCCGCACAUACGAUCGCCAGGCUAUCCCCGUGGAGGUCAAGAUGACUACCCUGGAGUAUGGACCAUCCAACAAUGUAAUAGUCCUGGCACUCAGGGACAUAUCCAAGCUGAGUGAGUUGACCGAGGUGGUCAACAAGAUCGAUCAAUGCCGAACAAACGAUGCCAAGGUCGACUUGUUGUCGCAUAUCUCACACGAACUGAGGAAUCCAAUCAGCUCAAUCGUCGCAUCUGUACAGCUGCUCCGUGCGACCGAGCUAUCAUCACUUCAACGCGAGUACCUAUCAUUGGUCGACUCAUCAGCCACAUCCCUCCUGGAACUCAUUGGACAAGUGUUGGAUAUUGACAAGAUUGGCUCGGGCAAGAUGAGACUACACAAUGUUGACUUCAAUCUAACGCCACUGGUUGAGGAUGUGUGCGCCAUCGUCAGCACACAGGCAUUAAGGAAGGGUGUACAAGUUGGAAGCUAUAUCUACACUCCAUGUCCACUAAGUGUCUAUGGUGAUCCUGUUAGACUAAGACAGAUAUUACUUAAUCUAUUGAGUAAUGGAGUCAAGUUCACUAAAGAAGGCCAGGUGGUUGUCAUUGUGGAGCCAGUGUCAUAUACAGAGACCAGCCAUACACUGCGGUUUGAAGUACGUGACUCUGGAAUUGGCAUUGAACACAACAAGAUCCAAAAGUUGUUCAAGAAGUACUCCCAAGUACACAAUGGAAAGAUGUCCGAAGAGAUGGGCGGGCAUGGACUUGGUCUUGUUAUAUCUAAAGAUCUCGUUGACAUGAUGGGUGGCAAUAUGUGGUGCAAGAGUACACCUGAAGGAAGCUCAUUCUUCUUUACCAUCAAGUUUGAGGUGCCACAGAAACAAUUGCCAUGUCCUGUUCCCAACUUUAAUGGAUUGCGAGUGUUGGUGGUCGAUGAGAAUGAGAUCAUUCGUUCGGUGAUUUGUUCCUACCUCAAGGAAUGGAAUUGCCAGACGGUGGAGUGUGCCGAGGUGUCCGAGUCGGUGAAGGAACUCAAGGCCCGAUGCGACACCAAGGAGAGGAUUGAGCUUGUCAUUGUCGAUGUCGACAACACCACACUCAAGUCAUUCCUCAAGCUCAAAAAGACCAAGGAGAUGGAGGACUAUGGCAAGAUUGGCCUGAUCAUCAUGUCCAAGGACAGGUCGGUCGUUCAUGGCAUUGGUGUCAGCAACACAGCCAAGCUCACAAAGCCCAUCCGUCAAUCACACCUGGUUGCCUGCAUCCUGGCCAGUAUGCCCGAUCACCCACUGGUCUCCCCCGACAUUGUGUCGUGCAAUGGCCGUUCCACAGCGCAGCUCCCACCUCACCAGCCCCUCUGGAGCAGCGACUCAUUCUCCUCGGUGCUCAACUACCAUGACCAAAAGGACACAUCGGCCGUUAAGAACAUUGCCACCUUCAAUCCACUUGGCGAUCAAUUGACUGCCUCUGACGUCUUCACCAACGUCUCUGCUGACAAGGUGUACCGCCCACCCUUUAGGAAGAUCACCCGUCGUCAUUCAAUCGACAUCAUCAUGUUUGAGGGCGCACCUCAGUCCCCUGCCGAUGACCCCAACGGUAGCACCAGACACAUGACCAUCAAUGAGUAUCCCUGUGUGGUUGACUCUAUCCCCUUCAGGGGCGGUCUGUCCGAGACACCAGACAGCUCAGCCUCGCCCAGCGAUGUUGGGGAGACCUCUCCCAAGAUGCCAAGUGGAUACAUUUCCGCGAUGAGCUCAUCCAUCUCCACAACGCCCGCUACCAACAAGGAGAAUGAGUCCGUACUCAUCGUGGAUGACAACGAGGUUUGCUUGAAGCUCACGAAGCGCGUGGUAGAGGCUGCCGGUUAUCCAGUGUGCGCAGUGAGUCGAGGCUCCAUUGCGCUGGAGGAGUUUGACAAACACGACUAUGGCAUCAUCCUGAUGGACUGUGAGAUGGAGGACAUCAAUGGAUACAAGUGCACCGAGAUCAUUCGCGAGAGGGAGACAAUUAGAACAGUCUCAUCAAUCAACUCUGGAAAAGUGCCACACGUGGCCAUCAUCGCCAUGACGGCCUACCCUGAGGAGGACACCGACCAGAUGAACAAAUGCUUUGCAUCGGGCAUGGACGACUACAUUUCCAAGCCCUACCAGAUCGGCCACCUGCACGCCACGCUCAAGAAGUGGCAGGAUCGUGUGUUGGAACAGCGCGCCGGCAUGAACGAGAGGAUCCAAUCAAUGAACAUGUUCCCGCGCGUAGAGUCCGACUCUGACUCGUCCAAUGGCCAUUCGAGCGACGAGUGCGAAGACGAUCAGGCAGUAGCAGCAACCACCAUGCCAGCGACCAACUCGAUGAAGAUCACAUCAAGCGACGCCGCCAACCAGAGCAUCCUACAUCCGUCCUCGUCCUCCUUGCUACCCACUGCUGCUCCUACUAUCAAUAACAGCUCUGGUUAG